AUGGGGGAGAGAAUGGGUCCGGCUGUAGGUGGUGGGAAGAAGAAGGGCCGCAGGGUAUCAUGUGCGAUCUGGGCAGGCAAUACAAUGCAACUCACCGACGGCCAAAAGUCUUGCCACAUCGGUCCCAGCCGCAGGCGAACGGCUUUUCCUUCGUGUGAGUUCUUUCAUGCCGUUGAACGUGCUCGACACGUCUGA